GGAAAAGUAAAGCACGCUCACGUCUCCUCUUUUUCUCUCAACCAUUUUUCUAUUUAUUUAUUAUUCACUUAUUCAAUUACUUUAUCAUUCCCAUAAGACACAGCUACAUACAGCACCCACCAUUAUCGCCAUUAUUACUUUCCCAUUUCAUUAUUCGACUCUGAUCCCUCUUCACGCUUCACCCUUAGCAGAAGGAAAUUAUUUAUAUUCUUACUUAGUAUAGAAAAGAAAAGAAAAAAGAAAUGAGUUCGGUUCAUUUGAUUAACACACUCGCUGCUCCACUUCGUUCUUUCUCUCCUCCGUCCCUUUUUCCGCAAUGCCACUCUCUUAUCCGUUCUUCCGCAGUCCCGAAACGGCGUCGUUCCUCUCCCUCCUCCGGGUUCCGCCUCGCUUCCGGUUCAACCGUGAAUUCGGUUCCACGCGAGAAUGGAACGUAUGCGGUUGCUGAUUUCAUGACAAAGAAGCAUGAUUUGCUUGUUGUCAAAACCACCACCACCGUUGAUGAAGCUCUGGAGGCUCUUGUAAACAACAGAAUCAGUGGUCUUCCGGUAAUCGAUGACGACUGGAAUCUGGUUGGAGUUGUUUCAGAUUAUGAUUUAUUAGCUAUUGAUUCGAUAUCAGGAGGUCCUCAAAGUGAUGCAAACUUGUUCCCCGCUGUUGAUAGUUCUUGGAAAACAUUCAAUGAUAUACAAAAGCUGCUUAGUAAGACUAAUGGCCAAGUUGUUGGUGACUUAAUGACUCCAACUCCACUUGUUGUUCAUGAAUCGACUAGUCUUGAGGAAGCUGCUAGGCUGUUGCUUGAAACAAAAUAUCGUCGAUUACCUGUGGUAGAUGAUGACGGAAAGCUGGUUGGACUAAUUACAAGAGGAAAUAUUGUUAAGGCAGCUUUGCUAUCAAAACGCGCUGGGGAGUGGUGAGAGGUCCCCAUAGUUUGGGAAACGUUAUUCAAAUAGCUUUGCACGCAGGUUGUGAUGACGUCAGUCAGCGUAACCUCCAUAUAAUUAGUUAAGAUAAUGUAUGCAAUCAUAUCUAGUGGAUGUUUAGACUAUUUUGGAUGUAUGACAGGCCGAAAAAGGAGCUGGAGGCAACUUUUGAUGGCCUCGUGAGAUCUUAUAGUGGUGGAUAAAAACCAUGUAAUGGGAAGUGAUUUAUCGAUCACCUUUAUAAAGUUCUCGACAUAAUUUCGCUGCAUUGGAUUGUUACGAGCUUGGACACAUUACAUCGAGUUUUUUUAUUUUUAUUUUUUUAUGUAGUCUGUUAAAUCUGACGUUUAUUAGGUCGGAAUAGAUCACUAUGAGCCCUGUAUUAUAAACUUCAUAGGGUAAAUUGUUUAGGAUUUUAAUCUGUAUGUAAUUAUGCCCUGGUCCUACUUCAUAUUUUGGAUUAUGCAAAAACUUCUCGAGUCUUAUUUUAUUGUCGAAUUGAAUAUCUGUUAUAUAUA